UUCACAUUGGAUUAAUCAAAAUUUCUCUGAUUAUAAAGAUUGUCAAACAUCAGGUUUAUAUACUCUUAAUAGAAGAGAUAGACAUUUCAAAGUUGAUAUCGAUGUUCAACGUUCAUGGAUUGUUGAAGUUUCAGCAAUUAUAUUCAAUGGUACUUUUGGACCAAUUUGUGGUAUUAAUUCUUUGGAGUUUGCUAUUAGACCAACAGAAAGUUGUGAAAGCAAUGGAAUUAAUGUUACAAUUACAGAAACAAAUCGAUUUGAAACGUUAUCUCUCUAUUAUGACAUGGGAAACUUAACAAUCAUUACUACACAUAAUAAACAUGGAGAACCUCGUCAUUUUAAUAUUAACAUUUGGCAGACACGAUCAAAUAUUAAUAACUCUUAUGGUCUUUGUACAGGUUCAACAUGUAGUUCAGAACCUGAACGAAGUCUCAUAAUAGAUUAUCAAAGAUCUUCUUAUUCUCCUGAUAUUAUUAUACUUAUUUGUAAUAUUUAUAUUAGUAAUUAUCUUAAAAGUAUGGCACCUGAACCAUGGGAACGAUCAUUACAUUACAAUAGAACAAUUGAAAAUGUACAAAAAGCAUGCAGAGCUGAUGUACAACAAGCAGAUUUGCCUCAUGUACGUUUUUCUUUUGAUGGAAAAUCAUUGAGUAAAAUCAGUUUUAAACAAACCUAA